UGCAUAAGGAUAUAAAUAUUCGCCCCUUAUUUAAUCAUAGUGACAAGUUUAAUAUGAAUACCAUUGUUGUUUUCCUAUUCGCUUUUGCGGCAGUGGUUUUAACCAAUGCUGAAAAAUAUACGACCAAAUAUGACAACGUAGAUAUCGAUACAAUAAUAAAAAGUGAACGGCUAUUGAAGAAUUACGUAAACUGCCUUCUGGAUAAAGGAAAAUGUACUUCUGAUGGCGCUGAAUUAAAACGUCUUCUUCCUGAUGCACUUCACACAGAUUGUACAAAAUGCAGUGAAGUUCAAAAGAAGCAAAGCAAAAAAAUUAUCAGGCAUCUUAUUGAUAAUAAACCAGAAUGGUACAAGGAAUUAGAAGAAAUAUACGACAAAGAUGGAGUUUACAAGGCGAAAUAUGAAAAAGAAAUUAGAGAUGCUAAAGAAUAAAAAAUUAAAAAAUGGAAAUAUAUUCUAGAUAGUACGAUAGUGCGUUCUGUACUAUACAGAAUGGAAUAAAUAAAUGUCUAAUUUCAUUGUUUAUAAGUUAAUUGUUUUAUAUAAUCUCAAUUAAUUUUAUUUUUGUGAUUGUUUAUAAUAA